AGUAAAAGCAAUCCAAUAUAAGAAACAAAUUGUAUUGGGCCAUGCAACGCCGGUUGACGUCACAACAAAACAUUAAUAUAUUCCCAUCUUGUCCUUCUUCUACCUUCCACUUCCACAACUCCUCUCUCUCUCUAUCUAUCUAUCUAUCUAUCUAUCUAUCUAUCUAUCUAUCUAUCUUCCUUGCUCUUGCUUCCUUUCUCAUAAACAAACACCUCCUUAGGGCUUAGGAAUAGCAACUAAGCUCAAUAACCAUUACUCAUUUCGGUGACGGUUAGAAUAUACGAAAAUAUAUUUAGUAUCUUUUAUAUUAUAUUAGAGUAUCUGACCAGAGACGGAGUAUAUUAAUGGAUUUGAAUUCGAGUUAUCAACAUCAACUCCAACAAAACCAACCAAAUUCGAGGUUGCUUCGUUUUCGCUCUGCGACUAGUUCAGAUCAUAUUCGAUCAAAUUUCAAACAAGGUGGUGAAGGUUGUGGUGGCAGUGCUUCCACUGCCACCGAUAAUAAUGAAACUGCAGAGAGGUUAGUUUUGAGAUUCAACAAUUCUGGUGAAGCUUCUUCAUCUAGCUUUCGACAAUUCAUGGAUCGUAAUCCUUCUAAUCAUAGUAGUUCUAGUGCAAGUUCAAGCAUGAUGGUUGGUUCUUCUAUGGGAAUGGAUCAAACUAAUAGGACUACUUCCCCUGCUGGCCAUUUCUCCAACAACAACAUCAUCUCCUUUGCAAAUGGGUAUGAUACUAUGAAAGGUGUUGAAAACUAUGAUGGGGUGAAUGACAGUGAUGGUGAACUUACUCUAUCCAUGAACAUAUUAAAAAAUCAAAUUGGCUUCUCACCAAAAAGUCAUUCUUCUUUGGGAAGGUUAUCACACAACUCGAAAACGAGGAGCGUCGGCAUUGGGACAACUCGCCAUGAUGAUGGAAGACAAGAUGGCAACGAUGACACAGAAUAUUAUGGUCAUAAAUUUCUUUAUGAUUCUAAUGAUCAGAAUAUUGAGGCAGGAAAUCAAGUUAAUACACUAUCACAUCACUUGAGUUUGCCAAGAAAAUCAUCAGAGAUGUUUGUUGUGGAGAAUUUGCUUCAGUUCCCAGAUUCUGUUCCAAGUAGUAUCAGAGCUAAGAGAGGCUUUGCAACACAUCCUAGAAGUGUUGCCGAAAGGGUAAGAAGAACUCGGAUAAGUGAACGAAUGAGAAAGUUGCAAGAGCUUGUUCCAAACAUCGACAAGCAAAUUUGCACAUCAGACAUGUUGGAAUUGGCUGUAGAUUACAUUAAUGAUCUUCAAAAACAAUUGAAGAUUAUGACUGCAAAAAGAGCUAAAUGCAGAUGCAGAAAUCAGAAAUGAAUCAAAUUGUUAAGUUUCUUUUGUACAGGUAAUGAAGGAGAACAAAAAUGUAUUAGACUGAAUCUUCAUGUGCUGAAAAAUAAGAAGAAAAUGAGCUGAUAUAAAAUGCUAAUGUAACAGUAACACAGAAAGACAGCUUCUAGCUCUUAAUCUCAACAUCGAAGUUCUUCAAUUAGUUUAACCGGGCUUUCAAUCACACAAACGAUAAAACAAAUGGUUAAUUUGUAAUUUUAUAUACAAAAAUUCUAAUGUAUUCAUUUAGUUUUUA